UAUGUCGUACGCAGGAGUGUGACGUCAUACGUUAUUCGUCGUUCAUAUCUCGCUGAGAGCCAAUCAGAUGCGUCCAGGUCACGGGUUCCGUUAUUGUAGCGAAAGGGAAGAUGGCGGCUGCGAGAAAUGGGAGGACUGGGCUGCUGGAGAAAUGGAGGAUUGAUGAGAAACCAGUAAAGAUUGAUAAAUGGGACGGAGCUGCUGUAAAAAACUCGUUGGACGAUGCUGCAAAGAAGGUGCUGUUGGAGAAAUAUGGUUACGUGGAGAACUUUCGCCUGGUUGAUGGUCGCCUGUGCAUCUGUACCGUUUCCUGCCUGUUUGCUAUGUUGGCCCUGGUCUGGGACUACCUGUACCCUUUCCCUGAGUCCAGACCCGUCCUCGCUUGCUGCGUCAUUUCCUACUUCAUCAUGAUGGGCAUCCUGACUCUCUACACUUCCUACAAAGAGAAAAACAUCUUCCUGGUGGCCCUGCAGAAAGAUCCAGCUGGGAUGGAUCCAGACCACAACUGGCAACUGUCCUCAUCUCUCAAACGGUUUGAUGACCAGUACACACUCAGGGUUUCCUUUGCUGAUGGGAAGUCGAAGACCUUUAGGGAAGCAGAGUUCACCAAAUCUGUGUCUGCGUUCUUUGAUGAGAAUGGGACACUGGUGAUGGACCAGUUUGAAAGGAGUGUUUCUAAACUGCACGACAUUCUGGCAGCAGAGAAGAAAAACGAAUAACCCACAAAACGUAUCAGAGCAGUUUCCCCUUCUCUCAGUCGCUAAACUGGUUUAAACCCAAACCAUCAUCAACCUGCAGCUGAUGCUGCAUUUAGAGACACUCUGGCAUCAUCUUUUCUCCAUAUUUGUUUAGUUUUAUUCAAUCUGGAUAUUUAAAUACAUUUUAAAAAGCUUGAAUCUGCUCAGUUCUUUUUGUUUAGUUUGUAUUGAAUGUCUUAAUUUUGUUAUUCUUAGUGUCAGAAAGUGUAGAAUAAAGCUAACACAAAGAAACAGAUGUUGGAAUGUCAGUGAUUGCAGCACCGGAGAAAACGCAUCAGCACCUAAAGGAACUGAUAGUCGAAUGCAGGUUGAAACCAGCAGGUGAGUGGUUACAGUCGAACUCACUGUUGUUUAGGCUGAGGGAACUAAUUGUUCAUGGCAGAUUUGUUAUCAAAAAUAAAACGGUUUUAUAACAAAGGAAAAAUGA